CCUCCCGAAUGACACGGCAGGAGCCCGCUCCCUCCAGACAUGCUGUGCGCUGCCCGCGCCUGCAGCGCUGCCGCCGAGCCUGUGGGCACCAGCCGCCGCCGCUGCUGAGCAGCAACUUCAGCAGGAACAGGCAGCCCCGGGGCUGGGGUCAGUGUGUGUCUCCGGGCUCGGCUCAGCCCAGCCCGCCUGCUCGGAGCCCAGCGGCAGCAGCGGCACCUUGUGAUCUCCUGCCGAGUUAGGGGCACUUCGCCAGCCGCUGCCGCUGCCGGCGGGGUGUGGGCUCGCCCUGUCCUUCCCCCUGCCGUAUCACCUGCCGAGCUCGGAAGGCAGCGAUCCCCAGCAGAAAGUUCAGCAAUGCGGGAAGUUUGGGGGCAGCUCGGAGAGUAGCUCAGGGGCUUUUGACUCAGCAUCCAAAACACCACCCCACCGCACAGGGGGAAAGAGGCGAAGGGGGCUUCCUUGGAGGAGGGAGCCGGGUUUCUUUGGGCAGAUACGGUCCCCCUCACAGCGGAUCCCAAUGCAACUGUCCGUCCGCCUCCUUCUCUACGUUGUAGUCUGGGCAAACUUUUGCAGCCGUCAGGGCACCACUGCCCAGAGCGGAUCUAUAAAAGCCUUGCGAUCCUCUAAUCUUAGGCGAGAUGAGAGCAAUCACCUCACAGACUUGUACCGAAAAGAAGAGACCAUCAGUGUCGGAGGAAAUGGCUGCAUCCACAGUCCCCGGUUCCCGAGUAGCUACCCCAGGAACCUGUUACUGACAUGGCGGCUGCUCUCGACAGAGAAUACAAGGAUACAGUUGGCCUUUGAUAAUCAGUUUGGAUUGGAGGAGCCAGAAAAUGAUAUCUGCAGGUAUGACUUCGUGGAGGUGGAAGAUCUAUCUGAAACUAGCACAGUUAUCCGAGGACGGUGGUGUGGUCACAAGGAAAUUCCUCCAAGAAUAACAUCCAAAACAAACCAAUUAAAGAUAACCUUCAAAUCCGAUGACUAUUUUGUGGCUAAACCUGGAUUCAAGAUUUAUUAUUCCCUUGUGGUAGAGGGUGGACUGAGGGAAAGAAGCACUUCAGGAAGAGAGCAGGAGAGAGCAAAAGCUUUGAAUAAGCAAGAUGAUUUCCAGCCUGCAGCGUCAGAAACCAACUGGGAGUCAGUCACAAGCUCUGUCUCAGGGGUAUCCUAUCCCUCUCCAUCAGUGACCGACCCUACCCUCACUGCGGAAGCAUUAGACCAGACCAUCGCUGAAUUUGACACCGUGGAGGAGCUGCUCAAGCACUUUAAUCCAGAGUCAUGGCAGGAAGAUCUCGAAAAUCUGUACACAGACACCGGACAUCAUUAUCGAGGCAGGAGCUACCGUGACAGAAAGUCCAAAGUUGACCUGGACAGAUUGAAUGAGGAUGUGAAACGUUACAGCUGCACUCCAAGGAACUACUCUGUCAAUUUAAGAGAGGAACUGAAGCUGACAAAUGUAGUUUUCUUUCCCCGCUGCUUCCUGGUCCAGCGCUGUGGGGGGAAUUGUGGCUGUGGAACAGUGAACUGGAGAUCCUGCACGUGCACGGCAGGGAAAACAGUGAAAAAAUAUCACGAGGUGCUGAAAUUCAUCCCUGAGUCAGGCCAUCCCAGGAGGAAGGGCAGAACCAAGAACAACAUGGCCCUAGUGGAUAUUCAACUGGAGCAUCAUGAGCGCUGUGAUUGUGUCUGCAGUUCAAGACCACCCCGAUAAAAACAGAACAAAGCACACUAUUUGUAGCUCAAAGGACCUUUUAUUUUAAGCAGGAGCCGUCAGAGAACAUUCUUCCACUGAUAAGCAAACUUUGCUAGUAGCCUGCAUUGCGAUGAGCAAAAAUGAAUGCUGUGUUUCAGCAUAGCUAUAUUGAUUAGUGCCAUGGCAGCUAAAAAGGUAUAUCAUAGAUUUGUUUAUUAGCAGCCAAGAAUAUAGAAUAAGUUUAGCAAUAUAUUGGGAUGAUUGAGACUUUCAAAGUUGACUAUGGGACUUAACCACACAGUUCCCUCUGAAAUGUAAUCAAAGCUGUGUAGCUAAAUCCCCUUGCUGGCCGUGGAAAGUUUCACUGAGAUAUUUGCGCUAACCUUAUAUAUCUGUCUCUCUCUCAAUCUGGCACAGCCACAUCCAAUUUCUGCCCUCAUUUAUACCUGCUCAACUCCAUUGAAGUCAGUGGGGUUACAUGAAUGUAAAUGAGGACUGAAUUCAAUCCAAUAUUCAUACAUAAUGGUUAAAUCCAGUUUAAUCCAGCUCCUAGGUGGAACACUCCCUUGCUCCUUUGAAACACACACACAUGGCAUAUAGAAAACAUGAAAUAAAUCUAGUGUGAAGUCAAAUUGUCCAGUCUGUAUUCAAGCAACACACUGAAAUCAACUGGUGCUUUGCACAAGGAUAUGAACCUAAGUGCCACCAUUUCCCAUUCAAGUCCUGCCACCUAGUAAAAGUUGUGUAUAAUUUCUUGGGAUCGGGCCCUUGGACAUUUCAUCUUCACUGUGGUUCUAAGUAGACAGUCAAACCAGAACAUCUUGGUUGCUGAAAAUACCCACUCUUCUUGCAUGUAUAUUCAAGUUGGAAACAAAAUUUCAGUAUUCUAGCUUUUAGAGAACAGAUCAAAUAUCAUUGUUGUUUUGUUUGUAUUUUUUUAAAUAAGGAAUACUAUAAUCUUGCCAGUAUAUACAGUAAUCUUAGUUGUUUGACUUUAGUAGUAUAUAUUGCCAUGAUCAAACUCUUGGCACUGAGUAUCUCUUGGACUGCAUUUUGCUGAGGCAUAUUAAUUCAUUACGCCACACCUGUCUUUUGAAAAAUUGUCAGCAUUCAUUAAUUUUUGCAAAGAGAAUUAUGCACCUCUUGAUAAAAUAAGCACCUUAAAAGCUACAGCAUAGCUUCCUAUGCCUGUUAAAAUAUGAACGGGCUCUGACUAAAAAAGGGGGAAAAAAUGCUGUCGAAACUAGCUUUAAAUACUCUGAGAUAUUGCACUGAAAGUUGUCCAGUGUAAAUGUAUGCUAGGUAUAAAUCUGGAAGACAACUGAACUUUUGAUUGUGAAUGUAAUAGAGAAAAUGGGGUGGAACAUUGAAUGGCCAUGGAUCUCUAUUUAAUAGUAUACUAAAGCUGCAUUUGUUCUGUUUCAUGUGUGUUGCCUCUGUGUUCCUGUCUGUCAGAAAGAGAGAAGUAGUCUUACAAUAGUAUUUCCUACAUUAGCUGAAAUUGGCACAUGCAAUCACAUAAUAUUGAUAACUUUUAAUAUUGGGUUUUAGUAAUAAAAUCAGAACUAUAGAUUAAAAAAUGCCCUUGAUGCUCUGAAUUAAUUCCUUCAUCAAGUAAACUCCAUUACCUGAACUUUGUUUUUAUAAUUUUAUCAACUCUUUCCAGAAAUGUACUCUAUAAAUAUUGUGAGUAUUACUUUCUCUACUCUAGUUGAACAUUUGAGAUGUUUUUGUUUGGAUAUUUUAAAAAUAUAUGCAUAUUAAUUUUUCCUCUCUAGCUCCCAAAAGUCUAUUUUAAAGGCACUUGAAGACUGAAAUGGGAAGUGAUUCGUCAUUUUUCAAAGCAAUUCACUUUAAAGAACAGCAUUGAGACCAAAGAUUGCCAAAUAUGUUAGUUGUUUCAGGGUUGUUCAAAGGCAAUUUCAUUCUUUUUCUGACUCUAGCUUAAUAACAAGAGUGGCCAAUCUUACUUAUUUUGGAAAAAUCUGCAUUUGACACCAGUACAACCACUCUCCUUACUGGGCAUUCCUGACUGACCUGUGGUAGGAACACGCCUGGUCUUCAGGUUGUGGAUUUGUUUUAUGAGCAUAUAAUUUCAUGUUACUUUUUGCUUUGUCUUAUUCAUUGAUUCCCAACCCUUUGUGGCAGCACUGCCAGUUUAUCUGACGAAGUUCUCAGCUGUGCCAACCAGAGACUGCAGAAUUAAAUUAAGUGCAGGCAAUCAUGGUACGCCAGGGCUCAGCACAGAAGCAUUUCAUUUGAGUAAGAAGGAAUCUUGUGUCCGAUGUCAGUGGGACAACUUACUAGUUUAAAGUUAGGCAUUUGUUUAAGUACUUUGCUGAACUGGGGCUUAAGUGGAGAACAAAAACCCUCUUAUUACACUUAGCACUGAUUGGGAACCAGAGAUCAAAUGGCUACCAGUUGUCAUCAUUUGCUAUGAAGGUGAUGGUUUCCAUGCCACAAGCCAAUGCAGAAUAAAUAGGAUUCAAAUUUGUGCUUUGUGUUGAAGCGGUAAGCGUAGCGUGACUGAACAAAACAAAGCUUCUAAUAAACCAUGAUCCAAGCUGCAAUAACCCAUGAUAGAGUCAAACAGCAGAAACACCCUAGCUUUUUAUUUAUUGCCAGAAAAUGCAAAGAAGCUUGUUUCUCUCUCCUUUAUUUUUUCGUUCGUUGUACUUUAUAAUAGCUUCUACAUUUGUAAUAGCUUCUACAUUGUUUAUGUAUUAUUUUUAACUUAAGAUUCACCUCUUCAAAAAAGAAAACAGCUAGAAUUUUUUUUAUUUUUUUGGUUCAAGGAAUUUGAAACCCAAAAUAUAAAUAUAAUUUUCAAAGGAACUGUCAAUAGAGCCAUAAUUUCAAGCAACUCACUACUUCUUUAUUUUGUGUAAGCUUCUAGGAUAAAACGUACUUUCUCAAGUGCAAUUUAUAUAUAUAUUGUUAUCAGUUAAAUGCAGCUUUUAUAGAAAGGCUUUUCUACCGCAUUCAAUAUAUAAUAUUUUUCUUUUUUUCCUUGAUGAAAAAUAAAUACUG